AUGUCGUUCGACUACGAAUCUGCUCUUUCUUCACGAGAAUCGGAUGGGGUAGAUAAGGAAUUGCAGACAUUCAUACAAACGAUACAACAAAGAGCGGAGUUUCAGAAUCAUGUCAAUCAUCUGACUUCUGUGUGUUGGGAUAAGUGUGCUGUUGGAUACCCGUCUUCGAAAAUGGAUGCGAAAAAAGCAAAUUGUAUCGAAAACUGUACAGAACGUUACUUGGACGUUUCAAUGCUUCUUCGUAGUAGGUUUCAAUCUAUGUUGGCGAAUUUGCAACAGUAA